AUGGACGUUAAGAAUACAUAUCUUCAUGUGCUUCUUCUGCUGAAUAUUACCGCUGCCUCCAGUUACUUGCAGUUUGUCGAUCCUGGUGUAACUGAGGCUGACAGUAGUCCUGUUCAUGUUUCUGAAUUUCCAUGUGGGCCAUACCCCUUUUGGCCAAAUAGAACGGUAGAUGGAAACUUCAGUCAAGGCAUAUUGGCCUGUUUGCAUACAGCUGUAUCAGGUGUCACAGAGGCGUGGCUACGAAUUGAUCUACAAACCGUUAGAAGUAUCAAGUCCAUAAAAUUCUGGUACAGAAAUGACAGAGGCAUUUUAGCAAAAAGCACAAUACGUCUCCGAGGUUACAGUAUCCGUGUAUCCAACCCAUCAGACGUACCACCUGGUACAGCAGAUGCGUGCUUCACUGAUGAUAUGUCCUACAUAUUACCAACUGUCAUCCAGGAGGAAUGUAAGAGAACAGCAAGAUAUGUAUGGUUUUACCAGCCGCAUGUAAUAGAUUCUAUAGUUCCAGUUUUGGAAAUAUGUGAAGUUCAGAUCUUUGGUUGUGAAACAGGAACAUAUGACGUCAACUGCUCUAAAACAUGUCGCCAUUGUAAAAAUAGUGAAACGUGUGAAAUUGAUUCUGGAGAAUGUGACAAAAAUGGAUGUGCAUUUUCAGGAUUUAAAUCGCCUGUGUGUAGUGGUUGUGAGACAGGAACUUACGACGUCAACUGCUCUAAAACAUGUCGUCAUUGUAAGAAUAGUGAAACCUGUGACAUUGAUACUGGAGAAUGUGAUGGUGAUGGUUGUGCGCUUCCUGGUUUUAAAUCGCCUAUGUGUAGUGAAUGCAUCUCUGGAUUGUAUGGCAAUGCGUGUAACGUUAGCUGUAGUCAGUUCUGUCACGAUCAGUUAUGUUAUGGAACAACAGGAGAAUGUGUUAACGGUUGUCAAGAUGGAUUCAUAGGAGGUCUCUGCAAAACACGGUGUCGAAAUGGCUAUUUUGGAAGAAAGUGCCUGGAAACUUGUGGAAAGUGUCUAGAUGACCAAACAUGUGACAACGUUAAUGGAACUUGUAUGGAUGGGUGCAAUGAAGGAUUAAAAGGAUAUACAUGCAAAACAGCAUGUAGUCCUGGUGAAUAUGGGCGGAACUGUCAAUUCCGAUGCAGUGAUCAUUGUCACAAUAAUGAAGUUUGUAAUCCCUUCUUUGGAAAUUGUAGCAAAUGUGCGAAUGGAUUUCAAAAUGCCAAAUGUAAUGAACAAUGCGAUGAUGGGAAUUAUGGGGAAAGCUGUUUGUUUCAAUGUGGACACUGUUUGGAUGAUAUCACCUGUAACAACAUUAAUGGCACCUGUCCCAGUGGAUGUAUGCCAGGAUGGCAGAAUACAGAUAAGUGUGAUAAACAAUGCAGAAAUGGAACUUUUGGAGUUCGAUGUACGCAUACAUGCACUGAAAACUGUUUAAAUAACGAAAUCUGUAAUAAAAGUGACGGGGGAUGCAGAAACUGUGCUCCUGGAUGGGAGAGUCAUCUCUGUGAUAAAACUUGUGGUAUUGGGCAGUACGGUUUAAAAUGUCAACAUAAGUGUGGACACUGUUUCAAGGCUGAGCAGUGUUUCCAUACCAACGGAAGCUGUUCUGGUGGCUGCAUGGAAGGAUACAGAGGAGAAAUGUGCUCAGAGAGUUCAGUAGGAUCGACACAGGAUCCCACCACGCCGUUUAUUGCAGUCAUUGGUAUUCUUGUUGUCAUCAUUGUCGUCCUGAUAAUAAUCAUAGCAGUCGGUGUUGUAAUCUUAAGAAAUGCUCGCAAGACAAACAAAGCAAACAGCAAAGUGAACGAAAUUGAUAUGUAUGAUUCACAAACUGCAAAGCCAGAGAACAAUGUGUAUGAUGUAAUCUCCACCUCAUAAAAUGAUCAACAUAUACAAGUAUUUGUCAGAAAGAUGUCAGGAGUAUAUCGUUAUCGAAAUCUGGAAAUCCAAAGUAUUAGGAGGGGUGAUUUGUAUGAGAAUGAUUAUUUGUAUUUCGAUUGAUCUAGAUGAGAAUAAGCAAAUGUUUUCAAGGAUGCAUUUAAUAGAGAAGUCAUUCAUUGGACGAAUAUAUUACUUAUAUAACAAUUUUUGGCAGUAAUAACUAAACGUUUACAUGUAAAUCUUACUUGCAGCUUCAUAAAGAACGUGUGAUGUUAAAAAAAGAAGUUAUGAAUUGUAGUACUAAUGACCUUAAAAUAUGUUAACAUACCACGCAGUCUUUCUGGUGCAAGAUUUAAAUAAGUUAUCAUCUAGAUAAAGCUUCAAAUAAAUCAUUUUCUAAACUUUUGAUAAGAUGCGUUUCCUUUUAACUUUGGAUUUUAACAGACAUUCAUAUGUUUUUUCUUAGUAAUAAAAAAUAUCAUAAAAUAAAGGUAUAUUUAGAU